AUAUAAUUUAUUUUUAAAUUCAAUUACCCAGAUGGAAAUCAUAGAAUCUCGAGGCUUUCAAUCGGAGACCCAUUACAUAACAACAACGGAUGGGUAUAUACUGACUGUCCAUCGGAUAGUCAACCCGUAUAUAAAAGAUAGGUCAACCCUAAAGCCUAUACUACUUCAGCACGGCUUUCAAAGCUCGAGCAAAGGUUGGCUCAUUAACUCUGCCGGUGCUCUGGACGCCCGGGGCGUGUAUAGCGAACCGGGACGUGAGGGUCAGGUCGGCAACGCUUUGGCCUUUGUGUUGGCCACACAUGGAUACGAUGUCUGGUUGGCUAAUAUGAGGGGAAAUGUGUAUUCACUUAAUCAUACUGUGUUUACCAGCGAUGACACGGAUUAUUGGAAAUUCUCAAUCGAUGAGAUGAUUGAAUACGACUUCCCGGCGCUCAUUGAUCACAUACUCAGCGCAACCAAACAUAAGACCCUGAGCUAUAUCGGUCACAGUCAGGGCACGAUCAUGAUGUUUGGUCUGUUGGCCUCUAAACUCCAGUACAACAAUAUAAUAAAGCCAUUCAUAGCCCUGAGUCCGGUCUCAUUCCUGGGCCACUCGACUACACCGCUUAUAUAUAUGACAUAUUUUGAACGUCUCUACCGCUCAUAUCCAACAUCUCUAUUACAUCUGGGUAAAGUGCAACAAUUUUACGCCCAAUUGUGUGAAAACUAUUAUAUGCAAGGCUUUUGUCAGAAAAUUUUUUACGCCAUCAUGGGUUUCGGUGCACAUCAUAUGGAUUACGUUUAUUCUAGAAUCGGCUCAUUCCUGGCUACCAUCCCCUCGGGGUCGGGCACGUGGGCGGGCACUCAUUUGCUACAAAAACUCAUUACAAAAAGGCCCACAAAAUUUGAUUUCGGAGAGUCCGGUAAUAUUGAACGGUAUGGCCAACCGGUGCCGCCCGAGUACGACCUCUCGGCCAUUAACUCCACAAACAUAGCGCUGAUAUACGCGGCCAACGAUUGGCUCAACGAUAUUAAAGACAUUGCCGUACUUAAGGGUACGCUAAAAGUGAAAUUACUGGAUGAUUAUUUAGUGCCGGACCCGACGUGGAAUCACAUGGAGCUGAUGUGGGCCCGGGAUGUCGGCAAAUAUGUCAACACUAGGAUAAUCGACAUUUUGGAUAAAUUUAUACAUCAAGCAAUAUACAAAAAUUAA